AUGAGUGAACAUGUUAUUGUAUUAGCACAUGGCCUUCAAGGUAACAUCGGGCACAUGGAAUAUUUAGCAAAGCGUAUUAAAGAAGAAAACGAUAAUAUUUGGAUAUUAAAUGCAUCUGCUAAUGAUGGUACACGAUUUAAAAAUUGGUCAUCAACUCGUGAUGGUAUUGAUAUGGGUGGUGAGAGAAUUAUAAGAGAGUUGACUACAAAAUUAAUCGCACAUGUGAAAGAGACAAAUAUCAUACCAAAAAUGAUAAGCUUUAUAGGAUCUAGUUUGGGUGGACUAUACUGUAGGUAUAUUAUGGGACGAAUGUAUAAUUCAGAUUGUGAUCGAAUCAUUGUUCAACAAGAUAACAUUAAAAUUGAAUUGGAACUUAUGAAUUAUGUUGCACUAGCAUCUCCAUUGAUCUCUGUUCGUGCUCUAGUACCAAAUUGGGUGUAUUAUUCUAUGAAAGUUAUAUUCUUUGGUGGUACAGCAAAGCAAAUGCUUUUGGAAGAUCACGAACAUGAACCUCUUAUUGCAAUUAUGAAUGAUGGAAAAUCAAAUUAUUUUAAAGCUCUUGCUAGUUUUAUACAUUUCUUUUUAUUAUACAAAUCUCCAUCAACUGAAAUAGAUUUGAAAGAUAUAUUUAGUCCUUCAAUAGAAUUUGAUUAUGAUUAUUACUUUCAAAUUGAUUAUACAAUUAUUCAGCAUAUAUGCCAAUCAUUUGAUUUAUUUAAUACAACAGAAAUAAUUAAUACAAUUCAAUAUAUAAUUAAUCAAAAAAUAAAUGAAAUUUUAAAUCAUCCUAUUAUAAUUAAUUUACAAGUUUUAGAAAUUAAUACAAUAUUAGAUAAAUUCGAAUCAUUCAAACAAAUUGUAUCAUUAAAUAAAUCGAAGAAUUUCAAAUGUGAUUCUACAACAAAAUUCUUAAUUGAUAUUAAAUUUCCAUUAUAUUGUAAUGAUGAAUGUCAAUCAAUCGUUCUUUAUUAUAUGAUAGUUGAUAUAAAUCCAAUAAAUAAGAUAACAUUCAAAAUUCCUAUGUCAAAUAAUAAUCUGAUGAAUUUAUCUAUUGAAUAUUAUAUUCGUAAUGUUCUUUUAUAUCGAACUGUUCAUUACUAUGAAGCAAAUGUAUACAUUCAAUCUAUAAUUGAUAAUCGUUUUAUAUCAAUAUCAUAUUUUAAUUCAAAUAGUUUAUCUAUAUUAAUAUCGAUGUCUAUGAAAGAUCGAACUUUAUUUUCUAUGAAGAAAGGUUUAGAUUUAGUAGAUACUUCAUCAAUUUAUAUCUCGUUUAAAUAUUUCUUUUCAUCGAAUUUCUAUUUACGUCAUGAAUUUAGUCGAUUAAAAUUAUCAAAAAGUGAUGAAUCAAUUUUAUUUCGACAAGAUGCAACAUUUAAAUUAAUAUUUAAUUAUGAAAAUGAUAAUGUUGCAUUUCAAGCAAUUAAUCUUCCAUAUUAUUCUUUUCUUGCUUUAGAUUAUGAAACUAAUACAAGUUUAAUCCUAAUAAAAUACGAUCAAAAAAUAAAAUUUGAUCAACUUGAUAAUCGAUUUAUUUUUAAAAUUAUUUUUGCGAUGUAA